AUGGCGAUGACGGGGAUGUUGGAUCGGCUGCGUGGGGCGGUGCAACGCCUGGUGCAGCGCUUGGAUGCAGCGGCCUGUGAGGAGGUGCAGCAGGUUAUUCUGCAGAUCCCACCGCCGGCCUUGGCGGCAUUGGCUGAGCAUAUUUGCAUGCCGCUGCGCGUGGUGAUUGCCGGCAAGCAGGCCAAGGAGAAAGACGUCAUUGCCGCGCUCCAGGCACUGGGCAUUCUUUUCCGCCAUGGGGGCCAGGCUAUCCCCUUGCCACUGGCCCUUCAACAUUUUCAAAUUCUCGGGCUCGUGCUAGCUGGCCGCGGUGUUGCCGUGUCCAUCGCCGACGAUGUGGCCCUGGCCAUUGUUCAGGCCACCGAGGCCUUGGUCUUUUCAAGGUCCGAUAUAAUGGCCCCGCUCUGCAGCGAUCAGUACUUGCCCGCCCUAGGUCAACUUGUUGCCGAACUGGGCACCGUGCUUGAAAAUACCCAACGAAGCUCUGCUGUUCGCGCUGCUGCCGGCGAGCUGCUGCUACACCUCUAUGAAGGCGCUGCGCGCCGUGAUACCGGUGUAGCCACCUUCAUGGUGCCCGGACUGCUCUCGCUUGUGACCAAGGUCCUGCGUCGCAUCGUGCACGGCGCGGCUCCUGUGGCCGUCGUCGGUCUGCGGCUUCUCACUGCCAUCCUUUGCCACGCCGUGGCUGACAACAACUUGCCCCCGGAUACCAGCCCCCUUGAUGACUUGCGUGAGCUCGCCGAGACGGUGCGCGACACCGCCGACCGUUCGACGGACUCGUCAGACCAACUGUCAGACGACCCCGUGGUCGCCUCAGAGACCUCGUCUGCUGACCAGCCCUAUUCUCUGCGGCAAACACCCGACGCCGCUUGGUGGGGCCGCACGGUGCCCAUGGUCGAACAUCUGAAUCAACAACUCUUUCAUACUGUGGUCCUGCAUCAGGCGGCCUCGGUACGAGAGGCCACCGCGCGCUGUUGCUGCCUAGCUGCGCUGCGCUGCGCGCGCGCCCUACCAGCUUGUGUGCCGUCCUGGAUUGAUACCCUUGUGCUGCUGAGCAGCGACGAUGCUCAGACCAUUGCCUCGCUGGCCCAGACUUGCUUGGCUGCUCUGCACACCAACCGGCUCACGAGCGUUAUUACGGCGCUACUGCGUGAGCGACUCCACCAGCUUGUUCUACAGCAUCAAGCCUGGACCGAAGAUGCCUUUCAGCGCCACCUUAGACGCCUCAACGCCUAUUUGCGCAUACUGCCCGCCACAACCCCCGUCUUUGCCGAUGCGGACACCGCCGGUCGCGUUUUGCGCGCUUGCGUUGCUGCCCUUCGCCUUGAUGUGGAUCAAUGCCUCGCAAUUGUCAAUCAGCAUGCUGCUCCCGAUCAGGAGCACGUGGUCGUGGAUGACGUCCUCGGCACGGCUCAGCGCAUGCGCCGCGUGUAUCGUCAAUUUCAUCUGACCACCACCGCUGACCUCAUGGACGAAUUCCUGCGCCUGGGCAUGGCUCGCGGGCUUGGACUGCACCUGGAGGAUGCCCUGGACGCUGAACGGGUCAUCUUGCACGAGCGACCCGAGUGGCUUCUCCUGGUGCAAGGCGCUCUCUCAACACCUGAUACAGACUCCUUUGCUGCAGCACACUCGCCGUCUACGGACAUUCCCGGGCAAUCCAACUUGCCAAGUGCGCCUAAAAGCAGCCCGUGGCAAGGCAGCGUUGCUCAGAGCUGGAAACAUCUGACGGCGAGCCGCCCCCCUUCUACAUCUAGUCGAAAUUCUGAUGCUGGCACAGGUUUCAUGCCACAGCAGCGCAGCCUGGCGGAUCUCGCGUUGGCAAUGUGCACGGAUGGUGACCUCCUCGAUGCAGCCCGUUCCUGGGCCUCGGGAAAAGCCCUGCAGCCUGUGACCCCUGCCCACUCAAACAAUGCAAAAGAUGCUCCUUCAACAGCCCAUCGCGUUGCUCGCGUCACCGUCUUUACGUGCCUCUUGCUCGAGACUGUGGGUCAAGCUGCCCAGGUUCUUCAGCGGGCACUGCGGGAGCGUCUUAUGCACUUGAUGUUCAUGCUUUUGUUGCACACGGGACUACCCGAAACAGCCGUCAAUAGCAGCGCCCAGUGGGCCAUGGUGCAAGUGGCCCAUGCCUGUGGUUACACGGACGCCGCGGCGCUCCUCAGUGACAACGUUGAUUACCUUAUCAAUGACAUUACGCUACGCAUCCGCGUUCUGGUGGCCGUCGAGCGGUGGAGCCCGCGACUGCCCCAAGACUCGCUUCAUGUUGGCGUUGAUGGCUUGCGCACUGCUGAGCCUACCAUCGAUGCCCCAGAUCCCAAUGACGCCCACGCACAAGACCCACCCCCACCUCCCCAUGCCAUGCUCGUGGUGGAAGCCUUGCGCCGCAUCAAGCACCUGCUCGGCAACAGCAAUGACCAAGAGCGCCUGAUUCUGCUUCAAGCCCUGACAGCCGGGGUCGGCGUGUUGGCACCUUUUGAGAAUGAGCUCUUGCCCAUCGUGGCCCAAAUCUGGCCCAUUCUGCAACUACGCGAGCAGCAUGGCGCCUUGUUGGCCGAGCCUUCCGACUUUGCCAAUCGCCUGAAUGGACCACGCCACCGACUGGUGGCCAAAAUUUUGGGAGUCUUUGCGGACAUGUGGAACAAUCUAACGCCUUCGGUGGCUGACACACGGCUGCUCUGCCGAGCGGCGGUGCAGUAUUUGGACAACCGCUUGGACGCGGACUUGCAAGCACUUGCGUUGACUCUGAUUGAGCGUCUGGCAACCGUCAGUGCAGACACUGUCUGGUAUGAAACGAGUCGAUGCUGUGGCCCCAAGGAGCUGCUCCGCGAUGAUACUACAGUCAUUGCGGAUAAAAGCGACCACUGGUAUUACGCGGCCCAGUUUCCUGCACCCAACCCACACUAUGCAGUGAAUGCCACGACUGUGUUUGCGCUGCUGGAGCAAGCGGACCCCGUGGUCGUCUAA